AUGGACAACUACACCCUGAUCGAAAAAGAUUCCUCGAUGUGCGUCGUUCCAUCGCCCACAGAUUCAUUGCUAGCCGGAUCGCCGGCUCCGGAUAGCCAGGCUCCUCCGCUCCCACACCUACCGCCGCCACCACCACCACCCGGCGGGGUACCAACCUGGGUUGCUGCCUAUGGGGCUAUUCCUCCGCCACCGCCUCCUCCUCCCCCACCACCACCACCACCUCAAGCCCCUGCUCAAAUAAACGCACUCCCCACACCAUUCUUCAAAGUCGGUACUGCAAAUCUCUUUAUUCCAGCCGUAUACUGUGAGGAUUCUUUCCACGAAGAUCUCGCCCAAAUCGUGCAUAUUGUACCAUUCAGCCGCAACGUCUACGUCACCCAAUAUGCUGCUCAUGCUACCGAUUACAAGGAAUACGAAUGGCUCCUUAAAUAUGGUUCUACAGAGCUAUGGUAUGAGAAGCCUAGCAAAACAUAUCUCAGGAAUAUCGAGACACGGGAGGUAAGCCAAUGGCUGGAUGAACUGCCCUCGCUACCGAAUGCCCGGCCUGUCAGUCUCGAGAGACCUAGGGUAUGGGCCUCGGCUGCCAUGAGAACACCAAUAGACGACGAUGUCCCGGAAUGUCUUGCCAACCAUCCCGACAAUACAUACCCUUCUCGUUCAUGUUUUCCAUGUUCGAACAAGAGAGCGACCGCAUUAGGGGCUACGUCGCUUGUUUACUGUCUCAUCCUGAGUACCUAUCAGGCUGCCGACCCUUUUGUCCACGGAUCUCACUUCCAUGGCAAGCCGAUUUACAAGCUGAUCAAAUGUGGCAGUCGCGAUGCUGCCGUUUCAGAAGCCUACUAUUCUGCCGGGGUAAACGGUUGGAACCUAGCCUUUAGCUGCGUCAUGAGGCUUGGUGAGGACUAUGAAAAGCGGGAUGGAGAAGCAAAGAAGGUCUUGCACCUCUGGUCGUUGUCCGAAGAGGACGAGGACAGAAAAAACAUCAGGACGUUCUAUUAG